CAGCCUCUUCCACUUCCCAAUUUCCCCCUUACCUUCUUCUCUUUCUUCACCCUCAUCUCCCAGCAAUGACAACCUCAAAAUUUUACAUUUUCCUUCUACUUUCUGCAGUCCUAGCCGUCCGUGUGUCCCUAUCAUCAUCAACAGCAGUUGAUUUUCUCCCCUUGGAGUCGUCGUCGGAGUGCCGGGGAUCCAUUGCUGAAUGCUUGAUGGAUGAGGAGUUUGGGAUGGACACAGAGAGCAACAGGCGCAUUCUAGCAACGUCGAGGUACGUAAGCUAUGGUGCGCUGAGGAGGAACACUGUACCAUGUUCGAGACGCGGCGCCUCGUAUUAUAAUUGUCGACCUGGAGCUCAGGCUAAUCCUUACUCUCGCGGGUGUAGUCGUAUUACACGCUGCAGGAAUUAAUUAAUCAAUAAAAAUAAAAAUAACGAUAACAAUAACAAUUUUAUUUUUUUUUGUAAUUUUCUUAUUUUUAAUAUUUUUUCUUUUUUCUUUUUUAUAUAUUUUGAGUGUUUAUAAUAUAUGGGUAUUGUUUGAUUA